AUGGCAACAUCUUCCUCCUCCUCCUCCUCUUCCAAACCACCUCCCUGGGACCUCCCAAGAGCCGCAACUCCCAACUGGACCCCGGUUUUUGGGCCGCCAAGGAGCGGUAACGGCGUCGCGCUCGAGAAAAAAUCCUCACGAACCUGGCUGAAGGAGUUGGAAGGGGAGCUGAGUCCGCCGAAAGCGGUCAAGAUCAUACCGCCGAGACAUGUGUUGCGGGAGCAGCAACAGUAUCCGAUCGACUUUGCGGUUACUUACGUGAACUAUCUAUGUGUUGCGUAGAGAAGUAGGUUAAAAUGCAUGAAUACAAAGCGCGAACUUUAUGAUGUUUAAAAGCCAGUCCUCUUGCUUAUCACAGGCGCCUCGAGACCCUGAACGGGCGGCGUUUUUUCGCUUUAGAUGAGGAGAUUGGCGUGAAGCUUUGCGAUGUCACGUCCGCGAACCCAGAGAUUCAAGCAGCCAGGGACUACGCACAGGUGCCAAAGGGGAACACGACAACCGAGAUCGGGGUUUUGCUGAUCGACUGUGAGCAGCUUUUGCAGGAGAUAGGGCCAUCAAAAAACCUGACCAACGCGAUCAAGUACACGCGAAACAGCCAGAAACUUGCGACCAUGUCCUUCACGCCGUUACCAGAAAGUACUUAAGACUGCGCUCUAAGUAUUUUUUGUAUAAAAGUAAGUGUUACUGAUGUUGGUGCUUCAUGAUGAUGUCGUGCUAAUCCUAAUUGUGACCUUGAAUACUGGCUGCACUACGAUUUUGAAUUGGAUUUUCAUGUCGGCAAGAACAGCUACAGCAACACACAUACCUCUCAGAUGGCGCCCCAGUGAUCCUUCAAGAGCAGGAAGUCGCGCCACCUCCGGCCUUGGUUCAUGAUCCAGAUGUACACCUGUCCCGUACCGCCGGCAGCGACAUAAUCGGCGACGGCACCUCCUACUCGCCAAGAACAAAUAAGGCAUCCGCAGCAAAUCAGCAACCACCGUCGCCUGCGAAGUCCUUCGGAAGAGAGUCCGCCGGAAGCAGCGCCGGUGGACCAGCAGGGAAAACCCGUGGGUCGCACCUUCGCGCCGAGCACCUCUACUCGGCCAUGAGUGUGGACCCAGCGAAGGUUGGCGCGAACAUUCUGAUGCGAGAUCCGGCGUACAGGAAUCAGAAUGCGAGCUCGAAGUCUUUGUGGAACCAGAAGCGAAACCAAAAUAAAAAAUCCUUGCGACAGGGGAUGGCAAGGGUUGACGCUUUGCGGGAUGGCGCCGACAGUAGCUGGGGAAAGAACGCGCUGGCGCAUUUGAAAAAGGACGGGGAUUUCCCGAGUUCUUCCGUGGUUCCGCCGGCUUUGGUGCAGACGAAAGGCGCGAGUGGUGAUGAAGGAGCUGCUGCAAUAAAACCAAAUGAACAGAACAACGAAAGUCCGCACUUGUUUUUCCCCGAAGGGGACGAGGACGGUGAAGGUACAGGCGAAAACGCAGAAACCGUUGCUGGUGAAAAUGAACCGGCCGCGGUGCCGGACGCAGCCGAAGUGGGAACUGAGCCUCCAGUUGCGGAGGACCAAGCUGACGUGCCAACAGAACCUUCAGGAGCUGCUGGCGAUGAAAACGACAAUCAGCAAGCCGACGCUGAAGCCGCUCGGAGCGACGGGGAGCGAAGCAAAUCUUCAGGAGGAACUGCGAAAGAUAAACACCAAAUAAACUCUGGAAACGAGGAAGCAACUACUGGCACUUCAUCCCCAAAAAAGCAAGUCACGAUCAACAUGGCCGCAAACACGGUCUCAGACGAGGAAAAUAAGAACUUACAAGGGACGGCGAAAACGAUAAAGGGUCUUACCCCAGUUUCUGGAGCCGCUGCGGGUGAUUCCGGGUCUGCUGGUCCUCCACCGGCAACUACAAUCCCAGACUACACAGAUCAAGGUCAGCUGCUCGUCGAGCAAGACGAAUUUACUCCAGGCGGCUCGCCCAUUGGCAAAAGAACCACGACGACCGGGACUUUCCGCUUCUACGCUUUGCUGCUUGCUACGAGAACCGUUGACAACGACCAGCAGAAAGCUUACGCGCAGCCCUUCGGCGCGGCGGACCCGGUUUACGUCGUGAAGUUAUCCCUCGACAUCUGGGACGAGGUUUUGCAGAACGUUCCGAAGCAAAUCUGGCCUCUAGAGUCGGUACCUUUUACCCUUGUUCCCCCUCCGCAGAUCACGGCAUCAGCAGGAGCAGCAGCGGCUUCGCAACAUCAGCGCGGCCAGUCGUUUAUUGAUGUUGUGCAACAAUUUUCAUCGACCCGUUCUCGCCUCAGCGCGGCGGAAAAGGUGCACCAUGUGUUGAAAUAUUUGAAACGGGACGUGGAGCUCGCGGCUUGGAAAACACCGGAAGUCGAUAACUUCAUUCACGGACCGACCAUGUCGCAAGACUACUUGCAGGGGGUCAUGCCGAAAGCGACCGCGGCUUCGUUUCACACGGCAUCUUCUUCUUCCUCUUCUACUUCAGCCCUCCCCACAGUUUCGAAAAACUCGAUUUGCCUCACGAAGCCCGGCGACUAUUUUCUCAAUGCGGUUUUCCCAGAAAACCAUGCUCUCUACCUCGUCGGGAAGUCCUUCGACAUUGAGUGCGUCGACGUGAACCAGCACAACGUGGAGAUCGAAAAAACGCGGAUCCAACUGUCCAAACACUGCGCCUUGGCGGAGGCCAGGUACCCGUUUUACGUCAUUCCCUGGGAAGAAUGUAGAAGCUGGGUGAAGUUGAAAUCCCACGAGAACUGCCUCGACGACGGGUCUAUCAUCCUCUUCGAAGACAUUUCGACCAUAAACCCGGAGACCGGCAUGGACAAGGAGCUCGUCAUCGUCUACAUCUCCCACGAGUACGCACGGGAGCAGCACCCGGACAACGAGCGCGGCGAGAAAAUCAAAGCCAUGCAGAAAUACGGGCGGUCGUUAGUGAGUCAGUACGGCGGCGAAGAGGUGGUCAGCUUAUUUUUCUAUUUAGACUACUGCUGCACCGAGGCGCACCGGCACUACGAUCACAAGGACAAGGAGUCGCUCGAGCCGGGGUACUUGUGGAACUGCAACCACUUUUUGGCACUGGUGCCCAGCUUGAUGAACCAGGAGAAACAGGUAUACUAUACUAGGGAAUAUCACAAGAACUACUUAGGGUUAGGUUCGUUGCUGCUCUUUUCUGCAAUGCUGGCUCUUGCAGAUUGUGAUUGAGUGGAGUUUGGUGCCGCUUGUACUUCUCACAAAGAUCAUUCGAUUCGAACUAAUUUGCCACUUUGAUGUAGUUGUAGCUUUAUCAUUAACUCAUACUCAUCACACUACACCCACAGAUCCAAGGCAUGCAAUCUUACGCGGUGGACAAGAAAUGCCAGGCCGAACUUUUUUCCGUCUUUCUCUCCGGCCUUCGCCACGUCUAUUGGACCGAUGGCGACGUUGGCGGUCGGCUCGAUCUUCCCCCCGUCUACCCAGCUUGCUGGUGCACCCAUCUAGCCGCGAAACUCGCCCUCUACGCGAAUUUGUGGAGCGAGGACUUAUCCUUGCACCAGGAUCAACUCUUCGCGGACGUUCGCCGGGCGAUUGACCGGAAAGGGGCGGAGUUCCGGAAAGCGAUUGACGAUGCAAGAGGGGGGAGAGGAGGUUCUACUUUACCCGCCUCGAGGAGCAGAAGUGGCACGCCAGCGGGCGGAAGGAGAGGGAGCACUAGUCGUGGAGCAGGUGCGGCCACCUUCUCAGCCAGUCGAUCGCGACGAAAUAGCAACACAAGACCAGGGUCUUCCGCCAGCAGAUCCUCGUUACAAGAGAGGAGAGAGGCUUUGCAGCCCUUUGGGAACAAGAACGCGGCUGAUGAGUUCCGGACAAAUUUGGCGCAGAAGUGCCUUGUCUUACCCGACACGUCGAAGGGACGGGGGAGCGCGUCUCCGAUUGAGGCGCUGUAUGGAAGCGCGGGGGGUAAGAACAAAAGCGGAGCUACUACUCGGCCACGAAAACCGUCUUUCAAAACGGGCGCAUCGUCCUCCAAUGCGGACAACGAAGCAGAAGUGUCAAAGCCGGUUUCCGAACCUCGGCCGGGAUUUUUUGAGGAGCUAGCGCAUCUGGCGGACAUGCCGAACUUCUUCCGAUGGAAAAAGUCUGUGGCGUUGGGGUGGGUGGUGCCGGGAGCCUUGACGAUUGACAAGGAAGUGGUGGCACAGGAGGAGAAGGAAGCGAUGAUGCCGGUACAACAUGUAUGA